AUGGUUAUCCUAAUUGCAAAGGAAGAUGGGAUACUGGAAAGAAUAGCAUCACCUGUUUUGUUGGAGCAAGCGAUUAACUAUAUAGAAGGACGGAAGAAAAACAUAAAAGAAUUGCAGAGAAGGAAGGAACAACUCAUGGGUACUGGUCAGACUAGUGGGAAUAAGCAUAGCAUGGAAGGGUUGGCGUCACCGGUACUUGAAGUUGAAGAAAUGGGCUCAUCUUUGGAGGUGAAAUUGAUUACUGGUUUCAAUAGAAACUUCAUGUUGCAUCAAGUUCUAACUGUUCUCGAGGAAGAGAAUGUUGAAGUUGCGAGUGUCAACUCCUCUACUAUGGGUGACAGGAUCUUGUAUACAAUCCAUGCACAGGCUAUUUGGCCAAGAAUUGGCAUAGAAAUUUCACGAGUGCAAGAAAGACUACAGAAUCUUGUCUUCUCAAUUAUGUAA